AUGAGGGGGAGGCAGGCCGGCUGCCCCUUUGACAGCCGCUCCGAUGCCCUUUUCACCAUGGACCCUGUCACUGGUGCCAUCACCACCACCGCCACCCUGGACCGUGAGAGCAAGAGCACCCACGUCUUCCGGGUGACAGCAGCAGACCACGGGACGCCCCGGCGCAGCUCCAUGGCCACGUUGACAGUGACAGUGAGCGACACCAAUGACCAUGACCCAGCCUUCGAGCAGCCUGAGUACCGGGAGAGCGUGCGGGAGAACCUGGAGGUGGGCUACGAGGUGCUGACGGUGCGGGCCACUGACGGUGAUGCCGGUCCCAACGCCAAUGUCCUCUACCGACUCCUCAACGCCGGUGGCACCAACGAGGUCUUUGAGAUCGAUCCCCGCUCAGGCGUCAUCCGCACCCGUGGCCUCGUGGACCGUGAGGCAGUGGAGGCCUUCGAGCUGUUGGUGGAGGCCAUGGAUCAGGGCCAGGAGCCAGGACCUCGCAGCGCCACAGCCACCGUCCGCAUUGCUGUGGAGGACGACAACGACAAUGCACCACAGUUCAGUGAGAAGCGUUACGUGGCACAGGUCCCCGAGGAUGUGGCGCCCAACUCAGCUGUGCUGCGUGUGACAGCCACCGACUGCGACAAGGGCAGCAAUGCCCUGGUGCACUACAGCAUCAUCAGCGGUAACACCCGUGGCCACUUCUACAUUGAUGCUCAGACGGGCGUGCUGGACGUGGUCAGCCCCUUGGACUACGAGGUCAGCAAGGAGUUCACCCUACGGAUCCGGGCACAGGACGGCGGCCGCCCACCCCUCUCCAACAUCAGUGGUUUGGUCACCGUCCAGGUGUUGGAUGUCAACGAUAAUGCCCCCAUCUUCGUCAGCACGCCCUUCCAGGCCACCGUGCUGGAGAACGUGCCAGUGGGUUACUCCGUCAUCCACGUUCAAGCCAUCGAUGCCGAUUCGGGUGACAAUGGCCGGCUGGUCUACACCCUCCUGGAGACUGGCGCCAGUUUCCCCUUCGCCAUAAACAACAGCACCGGGUGGAUUGUGGUGGCUUCUGAGCUGGACCGAGAGGUGGUGGACUUCUACAGCUUUGGGGUGGAGGCGCAGGACCAGGGUAACCCCCCCAUGGCCUCCUCCGCCAGCAUCAGCGUCACCGUCCUGGAUGUCAACGACAACAGCCCUGAGUUCACGCAACGGGAGUACGGUGCCCGCUUGAACGAGGACGCAGCAGUGGGCACCAGCGUCCUCACCGUCUCUGCCGUUGACCGCGAUGCCAACAGUGUCAUCACCUACCAGAUCUCCAGCGGCAACACCCGCAACCGCUUCUCCAUCACCAGCCAGAGCGGCGGUGGGCUCAUCUCCCUUGCCUUGCCUCUGGACUACAAGCUGGAGCGGCAGUACCUCCUCACCAUUGCUGCCUCCGACGGCACCCGCCAGGACACAGCCCAGGUGGUCAUCAAUGUCACCGACGCCAACACCCACCGACCUGUCUUCCAGAGCUCCCACUACACUGUCAACGUUAACGAGGACCGGCCGGUGGGCACCACGGUGGUGGUCAUCAGCGCCACGGAUGAGGACACAGGGGAGAAUGCCCGCAUCACCUACCUGAUGGAGGACAGCAUCCCCCAGUUCCGCAUCGCUGCCGAGACAGGGGCCGUCACCACCCAGAUGGAGCUGGACUACGAGGACCAGGUGUCCUACACCCUGGCCAUCACGGCACGUGACAACGGCAUCCCGCAGAAGUCUGACACCACCUACCUGGAGAUCCUGGUGAGCGAUGUCAACGACAACGCCCCCCAGUUCCUCCGCGACUCCUACCAGGGCUCCGUCUAUGAGGACGUGCCCACCUUCACCAGCGUCCUCCAGGUCUCUGCCACUGACCGCGACUCGGGGCUCAAUGGCAGGGUCUUCUACACUUUCCAAGGGGGUGACGAUGGCGACGGUGACUUCAUCAUCGAGUCCACCUCAGGCAUCGUCCGCACCUUGCGCCGCCUCGACCGGGAGAAUGUGCCACUCUACUCCCUGCGGGCAUUCGCUGUCGACAAGGGGGUCCCAGCCAAGCGGACGCCAGUGGAGAUCCAAGUGAUGGUGCUGGACGUCAAUGACAACCCUCCUGUCUUUGAGCGGGAUGAGUUCGAUAUCUUUGUGGAGGAGAACAGUCCCAUUGGGCUGGUGGUGGCCCGGAUCACAGCCACCGACCCUGAUGAGGGCACCAAUGCCCAAAUCAUGUACCAGAUCGUGGAGGGCAACAUCCCUGAGGUCUUCCAGUUGGAUAUCUUCUCUGGUGAGCUCACCGCCUUGGCCGACCUGGACUACGAGUCCAAGGCAGAGUACAUCAUGGUGGUCCAAGCCACCUCGGCCCCCCUGGUGAGCCGGGCCACCGUCCACGUCCGCCUUCGCGACGCCAAUGACAACAGUCCCCAACUCAAGAACUUUGAGAUCCUCUUCAACAACUACAUCACCAACCGUUCGGGCAGUUUCCCCGGGGGGGUCAUCGGUCGCAUCCCAGCUCACGACCCUGAUGUCUCCGACAGCCUCACCUAUGCCUUCGAGCAGGGGAACGAGCUCAACCUGGUGCUGCUGGACCCCCACAGUGGGGACUUGCGCCUCAGCCCUGCCCUGGACAACAACCUUUUUUUUCGUGCUCAG